CAGCUCCUUGGUGUCGCCUGCGAUAGUGCUUCCGCCAAUUUGGCAAUGAUCAAGACGAUGGAGAAGGGUCUUCAGAAGUUCCGGGCAUCUUCCGGACAUGUUGCCUGCUUCGGACAUGUUAUCCAGCUCGUCGGCCGGGGCUUGCUCGACCAGUUCGACCCAGAUAAGAAGAAGCCAGGUGAGGAAGACAACAUUGCCGCAGAGGGGGACGAGGAUGCGGAGGAUGCAGAG